AGUUGUCAUUAGUCACUUUUUACUACUUUCUAUCCAAAUGUGGAUUGAUCACUUAAUGAGUUUCGUUAACAACUGACCGCAUAUCUCUGGUUGGUGAGGCCGAUGAAUGAUGGAAAAAGGAAGAAUUGUGUUUUUCUUGAAUGCUGACACAAAACAGCCUGUUUGUGAAUGCUGAUAAUAAAAGUUGUUUUCAUGUAGUAUAUAUAAUAAACAUAUUAAAAAUAGAGAAUAGAUGAUGGCUGCUCUAACAGGAAAGGGUUGGAAUUAUGUUGCAGGCGUUCCAGAAACUGAAGAGCAGCAGAAAUAUAGGUUCCAGGUGGAACUGGAGUUUGUUCAAUGUUUGGGAAAUCCUAAUUACCUGAAUUUUUUAGCACAGAGAGGUUAUUUCAAAGACAACACUUUCGUCAACUACUUGAGAUAUUUACUGUACUGGAAAGAACCUGAAUAUGCGAAGUUCCUGAAAUACCCAAUGUGUUUAUAUUUCCUAGAUUUGCUUCAAUAUGAACACUUUCGAAGAGAACUGGUAAACGCUCAGUGUUCAAAAUUCAUAGACGACCAACAAAUUUUGUUGUGGCAGCAUUAUACAAGAAGACGAAGUAGAUUGUUGACAACACCUACUUCAAAUGGAAAUAUGGAGCAAAAUCUCAAUAAUCAAAUCAGUCAAAGUAACGGGCUUGUAAAUUCAAAAAUAUCAUAACUUGUGAGCAAAAA